AUGAGGACAACAGGGCCAGAAAUGGACUUCCCCUUGUCAUCCAUGGCUACAGUCACCUUCAACUAUGACUACUAUUACAAUGACCAGUGCCAGUACCAGCACCUUCAACAUAUGUCUACUUUCCUCCCUAUCCUUUAUAGUGCCGUGUUCCUGGUGGGCAUUGUUGGCAACUCAAUCCUGAUAGCAGCCUUGGUCUUCAAGCGACGGGUCCAGAGGCUGAUUGACAUCUUUAUCAUCAACCUUGCUGCAUCUGACUUCAUCUUCCUCAUCACACUGCCCUUCUGGGUGGACAUGGAGGUGUCGGAUGAGAGCUGGAGGGUAGGAUCUUUCCUCUGCAAAGCUAGUUCCUAUGUCAUCUCAGUCAACAUGUACUGCAGCAUCCUGCUCCUCACCUGUAUGAGUGCUGACCGGUACCUUGCUAUCCUGCACCCCUCUGUUGCACGACGGAUCAGGACAAGAUCCUAUUCCAGAGCACUCUGCAUCUGUGUCUGGUUAUUAUCCUGCUGCUUAGGGAUGCCAACCCUUUUGUCCAGAGAACUGAAGAAGGAAUAUGGAAAGACUUACUGCACAGACAAAGCUGUGACAGAAGUCAAACAGAUCAUGUCACUGAUGCUUUUAAUCCUGGCCUUCUUCUUCCCACUGUUGAGUAUCUUAACCUUUUAUUGCUCCAUCACCAAGAGACUCUGUGUGCACUAUCAGAAGGGUGGGAAAUGUGAUAAGAAACUGAGAAAAUCCAUCAAGAUUGUCUUUAUUGUAGUGGUAGCUUUUGUUGUCUCCUGGGUUCCUUACAAUCUUUUCAAGCUUAUGGCCAUCCUUUUGCGACUCCUAAAGCAGCCCGACUGUUUUUCUGGCAGGGUUGCCCAGCUGGGCAUAAAGGUGAGCAGCCCUUUUGCUUUUGCCAAUAGCUGUGCCAACCCUUUCAUUUACUUUUGCUUUGACAACUACAUCCGCAGAGCAAUGCUCCAGUGCCUGUGCCCACAGGUAAAAAUCAGCAGCAACAGCUCUGAUACCCUGGACACCCAUCUGAGCCAUUCCUUAUCCAAUUUUGUGGCAGGGGAAUAUGCCACCAGGAAGAGGAAGUGCUCUGUGUCCCUCUGA